AUGGCCUUGCACGGCCUCUACGCCGGCGCCAUCGAUGGUAAACACCUCGAACAAAUCACGAGCGCCAGUGAAUUCGCCGCCGACGCCUGGUCCUUCCCACACCUGCGACGCAUACGGUUCCAUCUCUGGAGACGAGUCCACGGCCCCUGCAGCCGCACGAGUUUGCCCGACGCGUCGCCGAAUUAUUGCAUCUUAGACAUCAAUCACCUGGCGCGGUCGCCGGACGCGUGCGCGGGCGCGCUCCGACGGUGCGGCCUCGCGGCGAAGUUCCCGGACGACGACGGCGCGCGCCGCGUCGCGCACGAACUCGCGGCGCACGCGCGCGCCGCCGCGCCGAAACGCCGCGCCUGGUGCUGCGGCGGCGACGCCGAGGACGAAAGCGUCGUCGCACGGCGGCUCCGCGACGGCCUCGCGCUCCCGGAGCUCAACCGCGCGCUGCCCCGGGGCCUCGCGGCCUGCUUCGUAGCGUUGGGGGGCUUCCAGGCCGUCGUCCUCGAGGCCGACCCCGACGGGCCGCGAUGGACUGGCUUGAGUCCGUCGGAGCACUUCCACCCGCGGCCCGUCGACGCGACGGAGUCCGCGGCGCUCUCCGCGCUCGCCGCGGCCGCGCGCGGCGAGCUCGGCGCGGCGCGACUCUGCGAGCGGCUCCGCGACGUCGCGGACUUCUACAACGCGGCCCUCGCGCGGGGCGCCCUCUACCGCGACUAG